UUUAAAACCUAAAACCUUCUCUCUCAUUCUCUCUCUCUAUUCACUCCAAUCUCCAUUCUCUCUCUUCUGCGGCUCACCACACCAGAGACCACCUCCGCCGCCACCACCACCAUCCCACGAGGCUCGACGACCGGAAAAUUGAUUCAACCUUCAUCGCCGUUCCCUCUUCAAUCGGCGCCGCCGCAGCAGAAACAACGAAUUAACCCUUCUUUUUAUCCCUGAAUACUGGUGCUGAGUUGUAAUAACUAUGGAGGAAACCCCAAACCCUUCCCCAGCUCCAGCUCCAGCUUCUUGCUGGAGUAGCAUAGUGAAAUCCCAGGUAGCUCCCAAGCCCCAAAAUCCUACCCCUGAGGCCAAUGUCGGUGUUUUCGCACAAACCUGUAACUCUACCAAAGGCAUUGCAGUGGCUGUAGUCGAUGCCAAUGCCAUCAUCCAAGGCGGAGAGAAGCUUUCCCAAUGCGCUGACAAGUUCGUUUCCGUUCCUGAGGUCAUGGACGAGGUUCGUGACCCUGUCUCCCGCCACCGACUCUCUGUAGUCCCCUUUUCUGUUCAGUCCAUGGAACCUUCCCCUGAAUCUCUCAAUAGAGUGAUUAAGUUUGCAAGAGCCACUGGAGACUUACAGACAUUAUCGGAUGUGGAUAUCAAACUUAUUGCACUGACUUAUACUUUGGAGGCUCAAAUUCAUGGUACAAGUCACCUUAGGGAAUGUCCUCCUGCUAUUCAUACUGUUAAUGUGAAGAGAUUACCUGAGAAAGAAUUGCCUGGUUGGGGUUCUAAUGUUCCCAAUUUGGAAGAAUGGGAAGCUUUGGAACACCAAGGUGAAGAUAAAUCGAAUGACAAUUCUAGAAUCCUUCCCUUGAAAGAUUUGAACUUGAAUGUUAUUUCCGAUACUAGUUCUGAGCAUCAGCAGGAGGAUGGUGAAGAAGGUCAUGGGGGACCAAAAAGAUCAUAUCCUCCUAAGAAAAAGGAGAUAAAUAUUGAAGGAAAAAAGAUGGUGGUUGAUGGAAUAGAUGCGUCUCAGGGAGAGUUUGGUGAUGAUGCUGGUGACUGGAUGCCUGCUGUCAGUCGAAGCACUCAUAGAAGAUUUCUCAGAAGAAAAGCUAGGUGGGAGCAUUAUGAAGCUUUAUCCGAAAAAGAUAAGGCUUCUGAAAAGAAUGAGGUAACUGGAGAGAACAAUGGUGUAACAGAGGAAGAGAAUGGUGUUAAAGAGAGUCACAUGCAAGUUGGACAGAAUGAUGAAGAAAGUCUUUCUACAGUCCUGGACCAGAUGAGGUUGGAAGGAGAUUCAGCGAAUCAAGAUGAGAAUGGAAGCGCUGAAGGAGAUAGUGAAGAGCUCGACCAUUUAGAGCUCUCAAGCGAGAUCAGUGAUAGUGUUGAUGCCUCAAAUACCGAGGAUGGUGAUAGUAGUGAGCAGAGCUGGGCGCUCAGGUCCUUGUCCGAGUCCAGUGUGGCUUGUAUAACUAGUGAUUUCGCUAUGCAGAAUGUUAUUCUUCAGAUGGGUUUACGCUUACUAGCACCAGGUGGUAUGCAGAUCCGCCAGCUGCAAAGGUGGGUUUUGAGGUGCCAUGCCUGCUAUACAGUGACUGCUGAGAUAGGGAGAAUUUUCUGUCCUAAGUGUGGAAACGGUGGCACUUUACGUAAAGUAGCUGUUACAGUCGGUGAGAAUGGAAUUGUUUUGGCAGCUCGACGUCCUCGUAUCAUACUGCGUGGCACUAAAUUCUCACUACCAUUACCGCAAGGUGGAAGAGAUGCGGUUACAAAGAACCUCAUCUUACGCGAAGAUCAACUACCCCACAAGAUGCUAUAUCCAAAGGCGAAGAAGAAAGCAGCAGCAAAAGAGGGAGAUGACCUUUUCGUCUCGAGCGACCUCUUCAGCCAACACCAUAGUGAUAAAAGAGCUCCUUUUCAGCCCCCAGUAAGGAAAGCAUUAGCUGCUUUCAGUGGCAAGAGAAAUCCUAAUGAUAAUCAUUACUCUCGUUCUAAGCAUUAGUAAGUACUCAAAUUAUGGGAUUUAGCUAAUCUUUUCAUAAGAAAAAGUUUUGUAUUUCUUAAAUUGUUUCGAUAUUUUAAAGUUUAAUGUUUGCCAAGGAAAAUGGUCAAAUUUUGUUGAGUGCAUUGUAAUUUUCCCCUUUUUAUAAUAUUAUUUAAAUUUCCUCUUC